AUGGCGGUGUAUAGUUUUGCAAACGACAACUGGCAACACCGAACGGCGAUCGCACUACCACUAGUCGGGUUUCUGCGCUUGCCGUGCAUUUCUUUUCGUUAUAACAAAAAGCGCAUUCCGAACAAUAUGGCUAAAACAGAAAAAUCAUUUCCAAGAAACUUUACAGAUUGUCUAACAUGCGUCCAAGUACUGAACCUCAUGGUGCUCCUCGGGUUCAUGUUGAACUACGCUUUGCGGGUGAACCUCACGAUAGCCGUGGUGGAGAUGAUCUUCGACGAGAAAGAUGUGCAGGCCGUCGCCAAUCUGACAGACUCACUUAAUGUCACUCAGCACCCAGACCACAUAACACAGACCCGCUACCAUUGGGAUACAAAGCAGAAGAACCAUCUGCUGGGCUGCUUCUUCUGGGGCUACGUGCUCACAGAGGUGCCAGGCGGCAGACUGGCGGAAGUCAUAGGCGCCAGACGAGUGUUCGGCUACUGUACACUGCUGGCGAGCAUCCUCACGCUGCUGUCGCCCGCUGCAGCGGCCGCCGGUUUCGGCUGGAUCGUAGCGCUGCGCGUCGCUCUCGGCUUCCUCUUGGGUGCGACCUGGCCCGCCAUCCUCCCCAUGGCCUCCAAGUGGGUCCCGCCGAUGGACAGAUCUAAAUUCAUGUCUAACAUGAUGGCCUCGUCCCUCGGCGCCGCAAUAACUAUGCCGAUCUGCGGUUUUCUCAUCGCACACUUCGGCUGGGAGUCGGCUUUCUACUUUACUGGUAUAAUCGGCGUGAUGUGGUCCGUGGCUUGGUUCGCCGUGGUGUACGAUUCGCCAGCCCAACACCCUCGCAUAUCUGAAGCCGAAAGGAGCUUCCUGCUGAAGGCACUACCCCAAGAAAACAACACGGGGCACAACCCGGUCCCGUGGCGCGGCCUCCUCACGUCCCUCCCGGUGUGGGCCAUCGUGAUCACGCACGGGGCGUCCGUCUUCGGCUACUUCACCGUCGUCAACCAGCUUCCGACCUACAUCGAGAGCAUCCUGCAAUAUCCUAUUAAACAUAACGGGCUGCUGUCCUCGCUGCCGUACUUGGGCAAAUACUUGUGCGCUCUGGCAUCUUCCGUGCUCGCCGAUUCCUUGCGCCGCAGCGGUCGCUUCUCCACCACGGCGGCCAGGAAGCUCUUCACCGGACUAGCCGUCGGCUUACCAGGAAUAUUCAUGAUAGCCCAAGCGUUCUUCGGUUACGACCGCGUCUGGUCCAUUGCCAUCUUCACGCUGGCCUUGACCAUCAACGGAGCUGUGACUGCCGGCUAUUUGGGCAACGGCCUGGACAUUGCUCCUAACUUCAGCGGAACGAUAUUUGGUAUCGCGAAUACGCUGUCGUCCUUCGGCGGGUGGCUUUCCACAUUCAUGGUCGGAGAACUCACGAAGCACCAAAACACGUACGAGCAAUGGCAGAUUGUAUUCUUCAUCUUGGCCGGCACCUACGUUUGUGGGGCUGUCAUGUUCACCGUCUUCGGUUCUGGCGAACUCCAGCCUUGGAACUCUCCGCAAAGAGAAGAAGACAAGCAGCACGAGGAACAGCCGCUCAACGAGCAGAAGGCGUGA